CGAGAAGUGUCUUUGUCGUAGCUCGGAUGGUUUACCGUGGCCUGUGGAAAAGUCACUGGUUGACUCAGCGUAGAGAACCAGGAUUCGUCAGCGGCACUGUAUACGCGUAAGCCAGCCGCCUGUUAAUCUUAGCCCAAUCUGUACUCGAGUACAUCGAUGGUUAUCUGACGUCACUCUUCAGUCAAGCGUAGGCCGACGUAUAAGAGGGGAGGGGAACCCAAACUGUCUUUUCACUCCCAUACUCACCACCUCCUGACCUCACGCUUCAACAAAAUGUCUUUCUGGGCCCCCCCUCCUCAGCCAGCCACCAAGCUUGGUGUUUAUCGCACGCUGUCGGCCAAAGCGGGCGUGCAUGUCUCACCCCUGCAGCUCGGUGCGAUGAGCAUCGGCGACAAGUGGGAGAGCCUCGGUAUGGGAUCCAUGAACAAGGAGUCCAGCUUCAAGCUGCUCGACGCGUACUUUGACGCGGGCGGGAACUUCAUCGACACUGCGAAUGCCUACCAGGAUGAGACCUCGGAAAUGUUCAUCGGCGAAUGGGCGGAGAAGCGCGACAUCCGCGACCAGCUGGUCAUCGCUACCAAGUACACCACCUGCCUGAAGCGGCGGCAGGACAACUACGCUCAGAAGGUCAACUACAUGGGAAACAACAUCAAGUCUAUGCACAUCAGCGUGGAAGCCAGCCUCAAGAAGCUGCGCACGAGCUACAUCGACAUCCUCUAUGUGCACUGGUGGGACUGGGACACCAGCGUCGAGGAGGUCAUGGACGGGCUGCACAACCUCGUCGUGCAGGGCAAGGUCCUCUACCUCGGCGUCUCGGAUACGCCUGCCUGGAUCGUCGCGCAGGCGAACCAGUACGCACGCGACCAUGGCAAGUCGCCGUUCGUCAUCUACCAGGGCGCGUGGAACGUGAUGGCGCGCUCGUUCGAGCGCGAGAUCAUCCCCAUGGCCCGAGCAUAUGGGAUGGCUCUCGCUCCAUGGAACGUGCUGGCCGCAGGCAAGCUGCGCACUGACGCCGAGGAAGAGGCGCGCCGCGCUUCUGGUGAGAAGGGUCGCAUGAUGUUCGGACCCAACUGGGAGCGGAAUGCGGACGAAAAGAAGAUGUGCGCUGCUCUGGAGAAGGUGGCUGGUGAACUCGGAGCGAAGCACAUCACAUCUGUCGCCAUCGCCUACUUGAUGCAAAAGCUCCCCUACGUCUUCCCCAUCAUCGGGGGCCGUAAAGUCGAGCACCUCAUGGCCAACAUCGAGUCGCUCGACCUGGUCUUGACCCCGGAACAGAUCACCUAUCUCGAGAGCAUCCUGCCGUUCGACCCUGGCUUCCCCAGCACCAUGAUCGGCAAUGGACUGCAACACAGCAAUCUCAUGACCUCCGUCACCCACUUCGAUCGCUUGCCUGUGCCUGAGGCCAUCCGUCACGGGAAGUAGUAGAUCAUGUCCGCCGCCAUUAGCAGAAAAAUGAAUGUAUUCUCAUCCAAAGAAUGUCAAACCCUGCCAUGAUCUCACC